CGAGAGUAUAGAGACUUGGCAAAGGUGUUUGGCGAAGAGGAAGCUAACGAAUUGCCCCCUCAUCGCUCGACUGACUGUGCUAUUGAACUUUUGCCUGACUGUAAAUUACCCAAAGGUAAAAUUUAUGCGAUGGGGCCGGCUGAAAAAGUCGAACUGCGGAACUUUAUUGAUAAAAACCUAGCCCGAGGUUUCAUUCGCCCGGCUUCCUCCCCUUUCGCCGCGCCUGUACUUUUCCGAAAGAAGAAGGACGGGGGGCUUAGGUUGUGCACUGACUAUAGGGGUUUGAACGCUGUUUCUUUGUCCAAUGCUUACCCCCUCCCAUUAAUUAAGGACUUGGUAGCUGAGGCCACCAAGGGCAAGAUCUUCUCGAAACUUGACCUCCGGGAUGCAUAUUUCCGUGUGCGCAUCCGGGAGGGGGAUGAAAGUAAGACUGCAUUUAAUACCCCUUUGGGGCAGUUUGAGUACCUCGUUAUGCCCUUCGGCCUUCAAGGGGCUCCGGGGGUCUUCAUGAACCUAAUCAAUGAGGUCCUACAUGAGUUUCUAUUCAAAGGAGUG